CACAUGCAGCGUCCACUAGUCCACUUAUUUCCCUUCUGUAAUCGUCUUCUAAUGGCGCGUCUAAGUUCGACCCCGGCUCCACCACCCAUCGAUCCAGGCCCGGCCAACCAGGAGUCACCGCGUACGACCACCAUCGCCUGGGUACAGUCCGUUCGAAGACACAAAACGAAGACCUUUCUUAACGUGAACGAUGGCAGUUCGCCCAACACCCUACAGGCAAGCUACAAGACGUCCGACGGCAAGUUAAAUCGCACUGUCCUCUUGCAGGCCGUCUGCUCCACGUCAAGCCUUCCAGAGGGCGUAACUGUCGGCAGUGCGGUGUCCGUAGAUGGACGCCUCGUCCGUCGACAGCAGCCCUCAGAUUCGGCUGCGGACUCGGUGGAGUUGCACGCCGACAGUGUCCGCUUGUUGAGUGCUCCGGGCGCGGGCGGUAACAGCAAUCUGGUCGGAGCCAUGUCCCACUCUCGGCCUAAACGAGGUCUCCUUCGAUCGGAGAAGGGUUUGGCGUGGCGCCAUCGUCUUCCCGAGAUGUCGUCGGUUCUUCGUCUGCGUGCGGCGUGCAAGUCGAUCGUCCACAGAGCGUUGCAGAGUCGGGGAUAUCUUGAGGUUGACACGCCAAUCCUCACGACGACCGACUGUGAAGGAGCAGGCGAGACGUUUCUGGUGACGCCGACGUCACCCACGACCACGGCUCCUCUCGACGACAGUGUUCCAGAAGACGAGGUGGAGUCGGAGGAGGAAUCAGAAAAACGUCCUGUUCCCCUGCAUCUCACUGUCAGUGCUCAGUUGCACCUGGAGGCGCUAGCCAUUGGAUUGAGUAAGGUAUAUACCUUAGGUCAAACCUUCCGUGCAGAACCCUCGCACUCGCGUUUCCAUCUGGCCGAAUUUCUCAUGCUUGAGGCUGAGUCCGUCACCAUGAGCAGCACUGAGGCCUUGUGCGCGGAAAUCGAAGCCAUUGUGCGCGAUAUCACAUCAUCCUACCUCCAGCAUCUCUCUUCUGGCUGUCCAAGGGAAUGGCAUUUCAAUAAUAUCGGUCACUUAAAAUCGAAAUCCGAUGCUAUGUCUUUGUUUCAGACUGACCUCGAUCUUGUCCUUUCCUAUCUCACCGAGCCGCGAGGCUGCGUGAAGUCGAACGUCCACCUUGAUCGUCUCGAAUCCAUUCUCAACAGACCGUUUGAAAGGAUUCCGUACAAGGAGGCAAUCGCCUUCCUCGAACGUCAAGGUCGUCGUAGCGAGGGUGGUGCCAGUGGCCUGAAUAAGGACGACGAGCAGGCGAUCUGUGCCGGCGUCGGUGGCAGGGCCGUCUUCAUCACUGACUUCCCCGCCACACUGAAGCCCUUCUACUGCGCCGUGUCGUCCACAGCGCCGGACCUCGUGUGCGGCGUGGACCUGUUGGUGCCUGGAAUCGGAGAGUUGGUGGGUGGGUCGGUGCGCGAGGCCAACGCCGACGCUCUAGUCGAGAGGAUGGUGCGGCAGGGUCUGGAGCCAGCCUCGAUGACCUGGUACACGGGGUUGCGGGGUCAUGGGGGCGCUCCACACGGCGGCUUCGGCCUCGGCUUUGACCGGCUCCUCCUCUGGACCCUGGGCGUCUACAACAUCCGCGACGUCGUGCCUUUUCCGAGAGAAAUCAACAAGAUGCACCUCUAG